ACGCUGAGACCGAAUUCAUGGAGAUUAACGCGACGCUUGAACUAACAUUACUACAUUAUUCCUGAGAGUUUAAAGUCCCUAUGUCCGUUGAAGACGUCUUUUACUCGGGGCUCCAGCAAAAUGAGACUUCGCUCGAGAAAUAUUUUAAAUGAAAACCCGACGACACCGUCCCGCCGCCGUCGAGCCGCUCCGGAGACACCGGGACCGCAGACCCCGCAGGUCCAGACCCAGGAUGAAGUAAACGUUCUUCAAGACUGCUUGAAUCUGGAUGCUGAUGAAGUCCCAACAGUAGCCAAACGUCCACGAAGGAGGAGGAAACCUUUAUCAACUGUUGACAAUAAAGAUGGUAUGCGAAAACCAGAACGAAUUUUUGUGCUGAACAUUUGUAUGUUUGUUUACACCUCUGCAAAAAAGGAAUAUGCAGAAAAGACUGUAGAUAUAUUGGACCCUAAUAAAAAGCUCUUUAGGCAUCGUUUGUAUCAGGACGAUUGCGCCUGUGUGCUUGGCCACUACAUUAAAGACUUGACUGUUCUGGAGAGAGACCUGUCAAAGACGGUCAUCCUGGACAACGCCCCCCACACCUUCCCAUAUCACCUGAUGAAUAUGAUUCCCAUAAAGAGCUGGGUCGGAGAUCAAGAGGACCGUGAGCUGCAAAAGCUCAUUCCGUACAUGGAGAAACUAGUGCAUGCAGAUGACAUCAGAAAUGUUUUAAAGAAGAGAACCGAUCACUUCCACAGGCUGCUUUCUGAAGACUAAACCCUGAAUUAAGUGUAAAUAAAUGUAGAGCUAUCCUUGUAAAUGCAGUGAAAUUCCCAGGCUUCAUACUACAUAUAAGGCUAAAGGUGUAGUAUGGUUUUAUACUCUUGUAUAAUAAAAGUUUAUUUGAUAGAGAAUAGUCUUAACAGCUCACCUUUAAUCAUCCUGGUCAGCUGGUGUUCUGACCCGUUUUGAAGAAUAGGACCAGAAUCUUGCCUUUAAUUUAUUGAUAAACCUUGAGAUGUUUGUACAGGUUUGUGCCAUUGGAAGAGUGUUUUCACAUUUCAGACCGUUAAAUUAAUUUCAAUAUGCGUUGUACUCUAUUUUCAAACAAUACUUUGGCCAAAUUUCAAU